AUGGUAGAUCUCAAAGGGAAAGGAAUUAUCUAUGAAGAAGAUGAUGAACCAAUCCAAUUGUUUGAUGAAGAUGAUGCGCACACAAUACGAGAGUACCGUAUGUCUCUCAUUGGAAAGGUUCUUAACCCUAAGAAGCAAAAUGUGGAGAAGCUAAUCCAGUAUAUGCCUACUCAAUGGAAGAUGCAAGAUCAAAUCACGGCGAACGAUCUUGGUAAUGGAAAAUUUCUAUUCAACUUUGCAUCUGAGGAUGAUCUUCAAGCUGUUCUUAAGCAAGGGACCUUACAUUAUAAUUUCUGUAUGUUUGUGUUGGUGCGGUGGGAGCCGAUAGUUCACGAUGACUACCCAUGGAUCAUACCAUUUUGGGUGGAGAUAUCUGGAAUUCCAUUGCAUCUUUGGACAGUGAAAAAUUUAAAAAACAUUGGAAGAAAGCUCGGCCAUGUUGAUACUAUUGAGCUUGAGGCUGGCCGGCUUCUGAUUAAUGUUGACACAAGGAAGCCUCCUGUGUUUAAGAAGAAAGUGCAAUCCCCAGUUGGAGAGGAAGUCACCAUCCCGAUCAAGUAUGAUUUGCUGUUUAAACACUGUACUGUCUGUGGCCUGCUUACCCAUGAGGAGUCUUAUUGCUCGAAGAAGGUGGAGAUGAUGAAGGCGCAAACAGUUAAGGCAUGA